AUGCCAGGAAUCCUCCUCAUCAACGGUCCCAACCUAAACCUCCUGGGGACCCGCGAACCCCAUCUUUACGGCACAACAACCCUAACCGACGUCGAAACAACGACCAAAUCCCUCGCCUCUUCCAAGGGAAUCCACCUGGAAGCAUUUCAAUCAAACCAUGAGGGCGCGAUCAUAGAUCGUAUACAUGCCGCGCGAGGCAAAUUCGAUGCCGUCCUGAUAAAUGCGGGAGCGUUGACGCAUACUAGCGUUGCGAUUCGCGAUGCGUUGAUCGGGGUGUCGAUUCCGUUUAUUGAGAUCCAUAUUACGAAUGUGCAUACGAGGGAGGCGUUUAGACAUGUCAGUCAUUUGUCGGAUAAGGCUGUGGCUUGUAUUGUUGGAUUGGGGGUUUAUGGGUAUGAGGCUGGGGUUGAGUAUGCGGCGCGGUAUUUGGUUAAGGCUGAGUGA